AUGUUGAUUAACAGCCCGGACGCAACUGUGUCGACUGAGCGUACCAUGGGCGCGAUGGCCGAGCUGGUCGAAGCCGGUAGGGUGAAGUACCUCGGUCUCUCCGAAUGCUCCGCCGACACGCUGCGGCGUGCGCACGCGGUGCAUCUAAUCUCUGCACUGCAAGUCGAGUACUCUCCGUUCACGCCGGACAUCGAGGACGAUAAGAUCAGUUUGCUGAAGACCGCACGCGAGCUCGGCGUCACCAUCAUCGCGUACUCGCCGCUUGGACGCGGCCUCAUUACGAGCAAAUAA